AUGUCGCGCAGAAAGUUGAAGUUGGUGGAGUACGACCGCGAUUAUAUUGAUUAUGAAGGUGAAUUUCAAGUUAUUUCCUUUGAAAAAUGUCCAAUUUUCAGAUGACGACGCGAUCAGAAGAUUCGUGGCGACCCUUGAAGAAACUCAUCUGAAGCGAAGACACGAGGAUUGGUCGGCGGCUCUUUUGGACGAGAAGGACGACGCCAAGUGGAAGGCCGAGAUCGACAAGGUUUCCAAGUUGAACAGUUUGGAUCUUAUCUGGGAAAAAAGCUGAUGCAGUUGACUUUGAUAAAAAUGUUCCGUCAAAAUAGCAAAAAAAUCCUUAUAAACUGAUAAUCAAUAAUUUUUACUAGGUCAAAAUCUGAUCACAACAAGGAAACGAAUAAUAAGUCGUGAAAUAAUCCUCAUGUUUUCUGUGGCUGAAUUUCUAGGUUCCUACCUGAAAAAAAAAUGUCUGGCUCCUCAAAGGAAAACAAAAACGAAAACAGGAAAUUGAAACAUUUUUGAAACUAUACCAUUACUCUUUCAGCAGCUUUUUUCCACCAUUUCCUUUCCCUUUUCUGACCCUUUUCAGCCUCUCUUUUUUAUAACCCUUCAUUGUGUCUUCGAAAUUUCUGCCAAAGAAGAAAAGCCGCAAAAAGGUAGCAGAAAUGGCCCUUUUAGGGCCUUUUUGUAGCAUCCCUCUUUUUUAACUUUUUUUUCUACCUUUUUUGGGCUUUCCCCGAUAAUUUCCUUGAAUUACACAGCUCAUCUUCCAAAGAAAAUGAGUUAAAACCGAACUGGGCGAUUUUUUUGUACUGUGAUUGCGAGUUUUGCGUGAUCCGGCAAAAUUUUGCGGGAAUUUUCAAAACUUGUUUUUCAUAUAACUGCUAAGAAAAACCUGAUUUGUUCGAAAAAGCCAAAGAAAUUCCUGAUUUUUUCAGUACAUCGAAGAACUCGGUAUUCCAAAAGAUCGCUCGAGAAAAAUCGUCGUCGACCAACUUUUGAACAUCUCCAUUGAACAGCUUUACAAGGGCAAUGGUACAGGGAAAACAAGUAUUUCCGAAAAUUAUGAUCAUCUCCAGAAAAUGCGACUUCCUUGACCACUUCGGAAUACCGAAAAAGAGCAAAAUCGUUGUUUGAGAAGCACCAAAACUCCCAAAAUCCCCUGAACCGCAUCGAUUGUUCGUUUUAACUUUCUUCUCUGAAUUUUAUUCUACUGAAUUGAAAGUUGUUUUUAUUUUUUUAGACGAAACCCCAGAAUUCGCGGAAAAAGUGCGAGCUUUAUGCGAACUCCUGGGAAUCUCAAAGCACCCUGAUCCAAUCGUUUCCCUUAAGGUAUUCAUUGAAUUCGUUGAAAUCCAAACGAGGUUUUUGUUUCAGGCGGCCUGUAUUUAUAUUUCCAAUAAUUUGAGCGACGAAUCGUUGAGAGCUCUCAAUGAAGACACCAAAAAGGCGUUGGUCAGUUGAACUUUUCAUUUUCAAAUAGAGAAAAGGGAUUUAAAGUUUCUUUGAACAUAUUUUUUUAUUCAAUUGCGAUAUCUUUUGAAUAUAAUAACCAAAGAUAAAAAAAGACGAAAAAAAGGAAGGCCUAAAAGUGAUAUUUUUCGACAUUCUGAAGUUUUUUUAUCCUUUUUGAGUGAUUUUUCAAAGUUUCCUUUGUCUUCAGCUUUUUCAAAAUCAAUCACACAUUUCAGUAGCUCUGCAAGAGGUUGAUGCAAAUUUCAAUGAAAAUACGACAGUUUUUUUCUAAGGAUUUUAAUGACCAAUUUUUGGAAAAAUUCAUUUUUCUCAAUCACAAAAUUCAUGUACUUUUUUUAAGGUACCAAAUUUAAAUUAAACCAUGGAUGUUUUACGAAGAAUUUUUGUUUUUUAGGUGGUUCAUUUCACGUAUUUUCAGAGUAAUUCAACUUUUGUUCCAUGAGAUCCAAAUUUCUCUAAAAGCACAAUAUUUUCAAUUUUAAGUAUACCGUCAUAACGUAGUAGGAAGCUCUAUCAAAUUGCACUUUUACUCACAAAACUCUUUCUUUUUCUUUUUUUUUUAAACAAGCGUGAAAAUUCUUUUCAAAUAACUCGAAAAUCGGGAAAUUUUGAGAAAAUGAUGGACAUCAAGUCGUUUCCGCUGGGAAUCCCUCAACACAAACUGGCGCCUGUGAACAUGGCCGCCAGAAUCCUCCGUCUUGUGAAUGUUGAACAACUCCGCGCCGUUCAGACCAAAGUUUUUCUUGCCCGGAUGAUCAUCCUCAAUUCGGAAGUUUCAGAUCAACGAGACCCUGGUCGCCGUUCAAGACGUCACGAUCGACAUGUCCAAGAAAGCCGAAUUUGGCCCAAGUCCAGUACGGCCGCAACUGAUUUCCCCGUGAUUGCUUUAUUUUGCCUCGUUCCUGUGUUCCCUCGUCGGGUUUCUGUUUUCCGAUCAUGUAUGUAUGAUAGUAAUAAAGAUGGGUUAUAUCGAAGGCGAAUCUGAGUUUUCAAUGGGAGCGUUUCCAUGAUGAAUACCUGGUUAAAAUGUUUUUUUAUUUCUCUCUGGAAUUGUUAUACCUCUAAUUCCUAAGCGAAUACGUUUACAUGGACUCUCUGUUUCAGAGGUAGUUUGAUUGAUCGAACAUUUUUUUUUCAUCUAGUGCGACCAAAGGUAAAGCAGAAUUUUAGAUAUUAAUAAUUUUUCCCCGUUUUGUAGCUCAAUGGAGUUUUACCCUUUUCAAAAAGGGAUUAACCGCUAUUUACAGUUUUGUCUUAUUAUUUCAGCACUCAAAAGUCGAUUUAUGCUAAAAGAAAAAAAAAAUCUAAGAAGUUCCAGAAUGGGUACUCCGGAAUCGCGAUCGCGGCCAAAUAUUCUGAUAACUGGCUCUCCGGGCACUGGGAAGAGUACACUGGCGAAGGAAGUCGCCGACAAGUUGGGAUUUGAUUUGAUCGAUGUUCGUGGAUCUUCUUGAAGAGAAUUCAUUUAUAUUUGGUUGAAGGUUUCCAAAGAAGUUACACAAAACAACCUUCAUUCUGCCUAUGACAAUGAGUACGGCUGUCAUGUACUCGACGAGGAAAAACUACUCGAUCACAUUCAGGUUAUUUUGAAAAAAAAAGACUUGAAAAUUUUAGAUUAAAGUAACUUCGAUUGAUGACCCUUUAGUUAAGUUCAUAGUAAAUUCGCUUCUACUUGGAAAAAGAGGGAAGGAUAAUGAAAAAGUUUCGGCUGCAAAUCGGUUAAGAGAAAGAUUGCGCCCGACACAGAACGACUCGCGCGCCUUUAUAAAAUAUCUCACCACGGAAUGGUCUCAGCUCACAGGGGGAGUUCUAAAUGAGACUAUGUUGUCUAGUUGUAGUUUUCCAUGCUGAUUCCAAAUCCGGUGUCAAAAGCUGCCAUAUAGGUCUGUGAAAAAAGUUAUAGACCCUCAAAAUUCGAAAAUCUCAUUGUCUCUGAUCGAGCUCAUUUGUGGAGGGUAUAUAAUAUUUGAUUCCCUUCUUAAAAUCUUCAAACGUGACGCGUGACUCGUUAAGCCAAUCUGCGUGCGAUUAAUUCCUACAGAUUUUUUUCUUGGCUUGUCUGGUCAUUCUGUAGAAGACUUUUUUAGACCAAAAAGCUUGAGCUCAGAAAAAUAGUUAAGAAAAUUUUUUUUGAAAAAAAGUUUUCACUUUUACGAACUUCCUAUGAGUUUUUUUCUUUGAAUCUUGCUCCCUGUUUGUGGUUCAUUCAAUAAAAAAAUUCCAGAGUCCGAAAUAAAAAAAUAGAAAAAAAUUUUCUUUUAUGAAAGUUCUGAAGCUCAGAAAACUCCGUAUGUAUGUUGGGAAACGGGGAAGAUUUCCAGGACAGAAUGGACGAUGAUAGAGGCGGCGUCGUUGUGGAUUACCAUGGAUGCGACUUCUUCCCAGAACGGUAACGGCUUUUUUUUUCUUUCGGAUAUAGUUUCCAGCUAAACCUGUUCUUCAAGCUUUGCGGCCUGAUCCGGGUCUUGAGUUUUUCUUUUCCUCGCUAAUAAGCCUGCGCGGACUUGGGCCAGGCCAGGCUUCGAAGCAAUUUUUAAAUUGCAUCAAAAAAAAUUUUGCAUUUUUUGUGUCAAGUCAAGCCGGCUGUUUUUGCUUGAGGCCUCGUUAAGGCCGGGUCUCGUCAGACUUGAAAGGCCGAUAGAUUGAUGGGCCGGUCCCUCAAACGAUCCUGGUUGGAUGUCUUUUUCAGAAGUUUAUCUUCCAUUUUUUAGGUGGUUCGAUAUUGUCGCUGUUCUUCGAUGUGACAACGGCAUUCUGUAUGACCGAUUAGCGGCGCGAGGGUACACGGAUUUCAAGGUUUUCUGAAAUAAUUAUGAAGAUCCGGAAUAAGGAGGCUGAGAUUUUGCAGAUACGUGAGAACAUUGAAUGCGAAAUUUUCGGUUCUCUGCUCGAGGAGGCCCGCGACUCUUAUAAGUUUGUUCCUCAAGAAAAUUUGAAGUCUUUAGCGUUUUGAAAAUAUUCAUGAAGAUUCUGGAAUUUUUUUCAGUUUCGCAGGUCUAGAAAAAACUUGAUAAAGCUGGGGUUUUGCUUUCUGUAAUUUUUUUUUUUACGUUUUUUAGUCUUUAUUAUUUGACACAAUAUAAAUAAUCAUUGAGUCAAUUUUAUUUGCAGUACCCAUCUUACGAGGGAAAUCUUUAGCAUUUUGCUGGUUCAAAAAAAAAAAGAGAAAAAAAUUUGAUCUAAAAAAAGCUAAGCCAUUUUUGAGUUUAGAUAAAAAAGUAUAAACAAAAAAAUAGCAAAAAAACUGGUUUUUGAGAGAGCAUUUUUAAAGGAUCAAUAUCCGUAGUCAUGAAUAAUUUUUGGCCCAUGAAUUGAUUUACAGCCCUAACUUUCAGAGUUUUUCCUCAAAAAGCUUCUAGACUCUUACUAUUUUUUACAAAUCGAAAAUUUUUUUCAAAGCUCAACUUUUUUUGUCAGUUGUAACUUAGCGAUUAUCUUUCAUUCAAUCUUGAUUUUUUGAGAUUUCGAUCAGACUAAGAAUAAUUUGGGGACUUUAAGAGUAGAAGUGAUUCACGAGCUCCGAUCCGAAACUCCCGACGAGAUGGAAUCCAACAUCACCAAGAUUUGCGAACUCGUCGAGGCCUUCAAAGCAUAA